UGAAGAUGGAAUUAUUUCUGAACAUCCAGAAACAUCAAGACCAUCUAAGACUGUAAGGUAAUAAGAUUACCCAAAACAAAACCCAUGGAGAAUAAGAACGUGACAGAAUUUGUUCAACUGGGGCUCAUAGAGAAUCCAAAGAUGCAGAAAAUCAUAUUUUUUGUGUUUUUUGUUGUCUACAUUAUUUCUAUCGUUGGAAAUGUGCUCAUUGUAGUCACCAGCAUUGUCAGCCCAUUACUGGAGUCCCCCAUGUACUUUUUUCUGGCUUAUCUCUCCUUUAUUGAUGCCUGCUAUUCUUCUGUCAGUACCCCCAAACUGAUCAUAGAUUCACUCCAUAAAAAGAAAAUCAUCCUAUUUAAUGGAUGUAUGACCCAAAUCUUUGGGGAACAUUUCUUUGGAGGUGCCGAUGUCAUCCUGCUUACCGUGAUGGCCUAUGACCAUUAUGUAGCCAUCUGCAAGCCCUUGCACUAUAGAAUCAUCAUGAAUCGGUGGGUGUGUGGCCUGCUAAUCGUAGUAGUGUGGGUGGGAGGAUUUCUUCAUGCAACCAUGCAGAUCCUCUUCAUCUUCCAAUUGCCCUUCUGUGGCCCUAAUAUCAUAGAUCACUUUGUGAGGGAUCUGAAUCCUUUGCUCAGUCUUGCCUGCAUGGAUGCUCACACUCUAGGCCUCUUCAUUGCUGCUAACAGUGGAUUCAUCUGUGUGUUAAACUUCCUCCUCUUGUUGGUCUCUUAUGUCGUCAUCCUGCGCUCUCUUAGAACCCACAGCAUGGAGGCGAGGUGCAAAGCCCUCUCCACCUGUGUCUCCCACAUCACAGUGGUUGUCUUAUUCUUUGUGCCCUGCAUAUUUGUGUAUAUGAGACCUUCAGCUACUUUAUCAAUUGAUAAAGCAGUUGUUGUAUUCUAUACAAUGAUAACCCCCAUGUUAAAUCGCUUAAUCUAUACCUUAAGAAAUACCCAGAUGAAAAAUGCCAUUGGUAAAUUGUGUAGUAGGAAAGCUCUUUCAGGUGAAAAAUAAAUAUCUUUGGAUCCUGACACUGAUUCAACUGAGGUAAUGGUCAAAAGGAUAUCUUAGGUGGUCUCAGCAAAGAAUAUCUAUGAGAUAAAGAAAAAGAAUGGACUGCUUUGAAUCAUGGAUUCUACAAUGAAAGGAGCAGAAAGAUUGCAAGAAAAGGGAGAAAGAUCUAACCCAGCACCGCUCUUUGCAUAUUUGGAAAAUUCUACCAAAAUGGGGCUUAGUUUUACUAGUUCAUCCAUGUAUAUGGAUUCAUAAUCUUUCAUUCUAAUAAAAAUAAAAUAAAAGACUUAAUAAAAUAUAUUGAUAUUGAGCAGUAAUCUCUAUAACAAUCCAAAGAGGUAUGUGCUGCUAUUAUCCCCAUUUUACAGGAGAGAGACAGCCAGAAAGACGAAGUAUGGAAAAAGAUACAUGGAAGAGCCACUAACCAGAAUCUAACUGAUUUCUCAGACAUGCUCUUAACUGCUAUGAUACAUUGCCGGGCAAUGAUGAUAGAAAAGUAUGAUAAUUGUAACAGUUACCAUCUAUUGACCUAGGGACUGAGCUGAUAGACACAAUAUAUGUAUGUAUAAUAUAUAAUAAAUAUUAUAAUAUGCAUAUAUUAUAACAUAAUAUAGUAUGCAUUAAACACAUACA